AUGGGAAUGCUAGUGCUCUGGCAACUCACGUGGGUGCUAGCUCUGGUUGCUGCAUUACUGUCGUUCCGAAGCGAGUUAUGUCGCGGAUUUGUCUUGCAGGGCAAGACACGCACUUUGGCGCGGCUUCCCCCUCUGCGGCUGUUGCAUGUGGAAUUGCCCAAGAGCUACUGGACGUGGUUCUACCUCAUUGGAGCGAUACACAGCAAUGGUAUCGUGCUCGCUAUGGUGUGUUGGCAAAACACAAGAGUCGUCCAAUGCGCGCUUCACGUCGCCCAUCCCGCGCCGACGGUCCACGAAGAGGGCACUGGUAUUACGAUCCAGCCACACGCUAUCGCGUUUCUUAUGCUGUUUGCAGCGCAUACGACACGGCGCGCUGUCGAGUCUGUCCUGGUCACGGAGUUUGGCACUGCCAAAAUGCAUGCGAGUAUACUUUUCGUAGGCAUGUACCACUACGUGGCCACGCCUUUGUCGGUCCUGUUCGAUCCAGACGCGACCACGCCACACUCCGAUACAAACGGUCGUCGACUACUGACUGGACUCGGUAUACUGCUUUUCGUCGUUGCGUCGUACCAUCAGAUGCGCUGUAACUCGCUGCUGGCCAAGCAAAAGCGUGCGAACAACAUGGUACAUGUGGUUCCCCGCGGUGACUGGUUCAACGUGGUGCGCAGUCCGCUCUACGCGACGGAAGUAAUGCUGUACGUGAGUUUCGUCUUGGUCACUGGCGGCACGACCGCCAUGCUCUACCUCGUGGGUGCCUGGGUGAUGGCCAAUCAAGUUCUACUCGCCCACCUCAACUCGCAGUGGAUCGAAAACAAGUUCCGCGAUCGACAAGAUGAGCUGCCCAAGUGGAAUCUGAUUCCGUUUAUUUGGUAA